UCGCCAGUCGCCGCCGCGCGCGCCUCGGAAUCUGGGGACUCGAGAGCCUGCGAGAGCCAGUCUCAGCCAGACCCCAGGGAGAGCGCGGGGCUGCGGCACCCCGCCCCGCCCGCCACACCUGGGAGCGGUGAGGACCGGGAGAGGCGGGGCGCGGCAGGAGGCUGGCCCGGUGCCUGAGCAGCGCCGCCGAAAGCCGGCCGGACUGGAGCGGGGCGAAGGGGGAGGGUCUCGAGGCCGAGUCCAGCUCCUCCGAGGGAGGGACCCCAGCUGGGGUGGAAAACCUGCACGGGGGAGCCGCAGAGACGCGCCGCGCUGAUCAUGGAGUGGGCCGGCCCCGGCUCCGCGCGGCCGCAGCAGCAGUGGGACCAGGAAUCGGUCGAAGCGUGGCUGGACGAUCACUGGGACUUUACCUUCUCUUACUUUGUUAGGAAAGGCACCAGAGAAAUGGUCAAUGCAUGGUUUGCUGAGAGAGUUCACACCAUCCCUGUGUGCAAGGAAGGCGUCAGAGGCCACACGGAAGCUUGCUCUUGCCCCUCGCAGCAGAGUCCCCAUGCAGAGAGCAGCGUUCCUGGAACACCAACCAGGAAAAUCUCCGCCUCCGAAUUUGAUCUGCCUCUUAGACCCAUUGUCGUCAAGGAUUCUGAGGGAACUGUGAGCUUCCUCUCUGACUCAGAAAAGAAGGAACAGAUGCCUCUAACCCCCCCAAGGUUUGAUAAUGAUGAAGGGGACCAGUGCUCAAGACUCUUGGAAUUAGUGAAAGAUAUUUCUAGUCACUUGGAUGUCACAGCCUUAUGUCACAAAAUUUUCUUGCACAUCCAUGGACUCAUCUCCGCUGACCGCUAUUCCCUGUUCCUUGUCUGUGAGGACAGCUCCAACGACAAGUUUCUUAUCAGCCGCCUCUUUGAUGUUGCAGAAGGUUCAACACUGGAAGAAGCUUCAAAUAACUGUAUCUGCUUAGAGUGGAACAAAGGCAUCGUGGGACACGUGGCUGCUCUUGGUGAGCCCUUGAACAUCAAAGAUGCAUAUGAGGUACUCAAGGGAUUGGGUGAUGCCCACUGCGUUGAUGAAGAUCUUCUUUACUCAUUCUCCUGA